UUGCCUGUCACCCUCCAGGAGGAGCCCUUUGUGAUGGUGUCAGAGAAUGUGCUGGGGAAACCAAAGAAGUACCAAGGCUUCUCCAUCGAUGUGCUGGAUGCUCUGUCCAACUACCUUGGAUUUAAAUAUGAGAUCUAUGUGGCCCCUGACCACAAGUAUGGCAGUUUGCAGCCCGACGGUCAGUGGAAUGGACUGAUGGGUGAACUUGUCUUUAAGCGAGCUGAUGUGGGACUCUCUGCUUUGACCAUCACGCCUGAGCGGGAGAGUGUUGUAGACUUCACCACACGCUACAUGGAUUAUUCAGUGGGCGUUCUGCUGCGCAAGGCCGAGCGCACGGUGGACAUGUUUGCCUGCCUGGCACCUUUCGACUUGUCGCUGUGGGCGUGCAUUGCUGGUACUGUGCUUCUCGUUGGUAUCCUGGUGUACUUGCUCAACUGGCUCAACCCACCACGGCUACCUAUGGGAUCCGUGUCUUCAACCACUCUGUACAAUUCCAUGUGGUUUGUGUAUGGCUCCUUUGUACAGCAAGGUAAGUGA